AUGACAGAGUUUGGAGGGAAUGGUGGCAGAAAGUUGGGUUUUCGAAAGGUUGAUCCUGAUCAAUGGGAGUUUGCAAAUGAAGAAUUUAUUCGUGGACAGAGACAUCUUUUAAAGAAUAUACACAGGCGCAAGCCAAUACAUAGCCAUUCGGGUCAGGGGAAUGCAGUUCCAUUAACUGAUGUAGAAAGAGAGGAGCUUGAAAAGGAGAUUGACAAGCUAAAACACGAAAAGGUUUUGCUUGAGUCGGAGGUUGAGAGGCGUGCACAGGAGAAUCGGGGGUAUGAAUAUGAAAUUAGAUCAUUAGGGCAAAAGUUGCAAAAUAUUGAUCACAGGCAGCGGCAGUUAAUGACAACCUUGGCUCAGUUGUUGCAAAAACCUAGAUAUGUCUCUAAUCUCAUGGAGCAUUUGGAGUCGAAUAACAAAAAGAGAAGGUUAUUGGCUUUGAAUUAUUUGCACGAUGAAGCCAACCGAGGAGAUAGCCAAAUCAUGACUUUCCAAGCAGAGAAUCCAAGUACUUCAUCUCUUCCAUCAUUGAACUCAGAAUUAGUUGACCAGUUGGAUUCCUCCCUAAAUUUUUGGGAGAAGUUUGUCCAUGAGAUCAAUCAAAUUCCAUCUGAAGAUUUUCAUGAUUUCAGUGUGCUCCCCCAGCCUUCACCAGUCACUAUUACAGAAAUGCCUGUAUCAUCUGGAGACUCGGAUUUAAUUUGCCAAACUUGCUCGCCUAAGUGUCAUAUAACCUCGUCUCCUUCGAGAGAUCUUCAUUCUUCCCCCGAGCUGGCUGCAUGUUCUACUUGUGUUGACAGCCUUGCAAUAUCAUCCAUUUGCAUUGCACCGUCGGGAAUUGAUGUGAAUAUGAGCCCAACUAAUGUUCAUGAUAUUGAUAUUUCAAAAGACCUAAAACCAGAUGUAACGGUUCCCUCUGUGUCAGCUGGGCCUAAUGAUGUCUUUUGGCAACAGUUUCUUGUGGAGGCACCCGGUUCUGGAACUCAGGAGGUACAUUCAGAAAGAAGAGAUUUAGACGAUACGCGAGAUCCUAGUGAGUCGUUAGAUGCACGCAGAACUUGGUGGAAUGUAGAGAAGCUUACCCCACAGAUGGGACAUUUUGCUUGAGUUGAGAGGACAUCUCAAUGGCUGGCCAGAGGUAGUAACCGCCAUUUGAAGGUUCUGAUAUAUAAGAAUGUCAUAAUGUUAUAUAUUAGAUGGACACCAUUUUGGUCUUGAAUUCACUUAUAUUUGCUAGUUUUCUUGUACUUUUUCUUUUGUAUCUAUAUGAUUGCAGAUUACAGGUUUUGUUGAGUUAUGUAGCCAGAAUAUUGACCGCACCUCUGGUUUUCUCUUUGUUUAUGUAAAUUCUACUUCUUAUAUGAUGCUGCUAAUUUUUCU